AUGCCCACACUCUCUGGCUUUUACGCCACGCUCACCGGCCGCACUUUGGCCGCCAUUGACAAGGGCGAGCUGAAGCUGCUUGCGCAGAAUGAACCCGUGAGCCCGGCGGCCAAACUGCGAGCCGACGCCGAGUUCUGGCUUUGUGAAGAUGACGGGAAAAUUGGAAAAUUUGGGAAUCCGUCAAAAGUUAUUCUUCACCUCGAUGGCCAGGAAUAUCACGUUUGGGUGGAACCCCGCGGGUUCAGCGAGGGAGCGUAUGAGUAUGGCCUUGUACCAACAGCGCCCGGGGGGCCCUACAGUAACCGGUUUCUGGCCGUGAACGAAAAGCUCGAUCGGUUGGAGAUUGUGGACAGCUGGUGCGAGUCAGCCAAGUUCCGCUGCAUCGAAUGA